CUCUGCACGCGACGCCGGCACCACGGACGGGCUCCGGAGCCUGCGCCGAGGGACGAGGACGUCGCCCAGCUGGCCUUGGCGAUUGGAAGGGGUCCCUGGUGGGUCCCCGCCACCGGGCACGGCGAUGCCAAGUCCUUUCUCUGCCUUCUCCCCUCUUCCUCCCCCCAUUUGGCAUUUGGCAGCGGAGCCGUGGCGGCGGCUGGGGCGCGCAGUGCCGGGGAAGGGCUGCCAAGCCUCGGCAGCCCCCCGUGGCCCCCCGGCCCCCCGUGCCAAGGCUGGUGGCUGGCAGAAGGGCUGCCUGCGCCUGGCAGGGCUCCGUCAGCUGCGGGAGGAUCCCUGUGCCGCGCUCGCUGCCAAUUUCCCUGCGAGCUGGCACCGCAGGCGGCUCCGGAGGCACCGGCAGAGAAGGAUGGGGAGGACGGAUUGUGAAAGGGAGAAAGGGAGGAAAAAAAAAAAAAAAAUAAUGGACACAUGCCAUCGCUGGAGCGGUAAGGCUGCCAAAACGCCAGCAGGCAGCGGGGGCCAAAACCCACCGGCGGCGGAGAGGAGGGUCUGGCAGCGCGUCCCGGCGUGGGCACAUGGAGGACGGGCAGCGUGGAGGAGGCACGGCGUGGCCGAGGCAGGACGGGCGGCAGCCGCAGGAGCCGGAGAGGACAGAGGUCUCAGGCCUAUAGGAGCCGCCCCAGCCUGGCCCUGGAUGUCACUGUGCCACCCCUCCCUGUUGUGGGACAAUCCUGGGGCUGUGGCUCACGUGAUGUGACGGAUGUGGAUGUGCCACCAGCCUGCUCCUUGCUGGGAUGCGCCAACAACUGCUGAGCACCAAAUCCGCUGGGAUGUGGCAAUGGGAAUGGGAUUUCCCCUGUGACCCCCCUGCAGCCACCAGGAUUCAGCAUCCCCAGCAGUGAAGAAGGUUCAUUCAUCCAGAGGUUUAUCCAUGCAAGCACAAGUGGAGCUUUACCAAACAUGCCCAGGCCCUGCUGGCUGCCUUGGGAGCCAGGAUUCUGCCUGGGAAGGAGGAACGUGCUCCCCACCCCUGCUGCAACCCAUGGGAGCAUCACCUAGGGGACCUGCAUGGACACUCCGA